CACCAUUUCUACCAACAUCUACCCACCUUCCACAAACUCUGCAGGCACAGCUGUCCGUCGUUAUGGCAUCCUGGCUGCCGGUAAUCUCUCUACUGGUGCUGCUCGUCCUGUCCAGUCCUGGGGUCGAUGCCGCGUCAACCCAACACCUGUGUGGGUCUCACCUGGUUGAAGCCCUCUACCUGGUGUGCGGAAGUAAUGGGUUCUUCUUCAACCCCAAGGACAAGCGGGAUCUGGAGCCUCUGCUGGGAUUGCAAUCUCCCAGAUCAGGCCAGGAGAACGAGGUGGAUGAUUUUUCCUACAAAGGCCAGGGGGAACUGAAGGUGAAGAGGGGCAUUGUGGAGCAGUGCUGUCAUAAGCCCUGCAGCAUCUUUGACCUACAGAAUUACUGCAACUGAGGCCUCCUGCCCUCAGCAACCAAAGCCAUGCUAUAAAACCAAGAGCUUUGUCUUUCUGAAAGCAUUUCACCAUUUAAUUUCAGUCAUUUUGUGUUACAUGCAAAGAAACAAACAAAUAAAGCUAAAUAUUU